AUGCACACCUUUCGUUACCGCCCAGAACUCCUGGAUGGGGUGGCCGAGCACCUCACUGGGGAAUUGAAGGAGUAUGAAGACUGGUUCAUGGUGGAUGCUGCCAAAUUGAAAGCCAUCACCGAUCAUUUUGUGAAGGAAUUGGAGAAAGGGCUUUCCGUCGAGGGCGGAUGUAUUCCCAUGAAUAUCACAUGGGUCAUGAAAUACCCAACGGGCCACGAGAAAGGUCGAAUCUUGACCGUAGACAUGGGUGGCACCAACCUGCGCGUAUGUGACGUGUGCCUUUCUGCGGGGAAGAGAGAUUUCGAACAGAUCCAACGCAAGUACAAGCUUCCGGAUUCGGUCAAGACAGACACCAAAGAAGUCCUGUGGGAGUUCAUCGCGGACAGACUCGCCUCAUUUCUGAGUGACCAUCACAAUGGCGAAGAACCAUCCAAACCACUGCCGAUGUCAUUCACUUUUUCCUUUCCCGUUGACCAAAGGUCUGUCCGGAGUGGAAUUCUGCAGCGCUGGACGAAGAAUUUCAACGUGCCUGGGGUGGAGGGAAACGACGUGGUGCCCCAGCUCGAAGCUGCACUGAAAAGAAAGAAUGUCCCUGUAAAAGUAGUCGCCUUGCUCAACGACACAGUAGGCACACUGGUCGCCUCUCACUACCGAGACCCGCAGGUAAAAUUGGGCAGCAUAUUCAGUACCGGAUGUAACGCCGCAUACAUGGAAAAUUGUCGCAAUAUUCCUAAGCUCCGAGAUGCAGGGCUGCCUGAAGAUGCCACUGUCAUCAUCAACACUGAAUACGGGGCUUUUGAUAACGAGCGCAAGGUGCUGCCACUUACACCGUUUGACCACCAAAUUGACAAGCAGUCAUCGCGGCCCGGGACCCAAAUAUACGAGAAAAUGGUGGCAGGGCUUUACAUAGGCGAAAUGCUGCGCCUGAUGAUAUUGACACUGCACGGGAAGGGUGUACUCUUUCGAGGCCAAGAUGUGACACGGCUUCGGGUAGAGAACUCGCUGGAAGCGUCAUUUCUGUCAAUCGCCGAGAUGGACAUCUCCGAGGGACUUCAGGACAUGAGAGAAGAAUUUGAGGAGAAAUUCGGCCUACAAACCACCCUGGACGAGCUGAAGACCUGCCGCUAUCUUAUCGGGCUGAUCGCGACGCGUGCGGCGCGUCUCUAUGCGUGUGGAAUUGCGGCCAUUUGCAAGAAGACCGAGAUGCGUCAGUGCCACGUCGGAGUGGACGGUGCAGUGUUCAAUAAAUAUAGCAUGUUCAAGGGCCGGGUAGCUCAGGGACUUCGAGAGAUUUUUGAUUGGCAGCCUGGUGAGAUGGACUUGAUUGCACUCAACGCGGCGGAAGAUGGAUCUGGCGUAGGAGCAGCUUUAGUUGCGAGUUUGUGA